AUGAAGCUUCUUACACAAAUUGUUUUAUUGAUCUCUUUUUCAGUGACACUGGCAGAACAAGUCUGGAGAAGGCAGGACAAAGCUAGAUUCAUACGAUACCAGUCAUGGAACACAACGUUAUAUCCAGUGUGAAAAGAAGGACACCCACGUUACAAAAACAGCUGGACAGGUGGUGGCGUAAAGUUUGAGGUCAGCAGUGACGAGCCAGCUCUGACUGGUGCUAGGAUUACCUUCGGUAUUGACAUACUCUUCCCAGCCAACCAGGUGCAGUUGCCAGAUGGGCAAGUUGUAUGGGUGAAAAACUGCAUUGUUAAUGGUGCCCAGCAUCGUGUGGGGGAGCCCAUCUACCCUCAGGACAAUUCUGUGGAUAAACAAAAUGUGGUGUUCCCAGAUGGCUCUCCACUCUGCAAGAAUGGGGACAAGAAACCACCUUUUGUGUUUGUGUGGGAAACCUGUGGAAAGUACUGGCAGGUGUCAGAUGGGCCUUCCUCCUCUCUGACAAUCAACACAGAAGACAUUCCUCUUGGUUCUUACUUAAUGGAGGUGGUUAUCUAUCACUACAGAAACAAGGACAAAUUCAUUCCGAUUGGAUACGCAUCUACUCAGUUCUGCAUCACCGAUCAGAUUCCCUUUGCUGUCACUCUUACACAAGUGUGCGAUAAAGACGGGGGUGAUCAUAAAUUUAUCCAAAACCAGCCUGUGGCUUUUAGCGUCAACCUACACGACCCCAGUGGUUACCUGGGCAACUCUGACAUCACCUUUAACUGGGACUUCGGUGAUGGCAGCGGCACCACCAUCACAUGGGAGCUCACCUCUAUACACACGUACACUGCCAGCGGGUCGUUCGAGCCCCGGGUUGUCGUGCAGGCGGCCAUUCCGGAUCCGGCCUGCGACACGCCUCCGAACAGUCCCAGCAACACCGGCCUCACUGCUGAAGCUGCCCCCUCCAAGAUGCCUAUUUGGCCUGGUAGAGCCUUGACCCCCGUGAACCCGACUUACUCGACCAAGUGGACAGGAUCCUCUGUUCCAAUUCAGAACAUAGGGGCCUCUCGUCCUGAUGCCACCACUAUCAUUACAACCAUACCAGCCUUUGUAAUAGACAGACAGGCUGUGAGAUCCCAAACCACUGUUGUUACUGAGAAACAUUAGGCACCAGAUACUGAGGAAGACUGUGUAAUAUACCGCUAUGGGUCCUUUGCCACUGAACUUGAAGUUGUUGAGGGGAUCAAGAGUGUGGAGAUUAUUCAGGCAGCUGGCGUGUUUUUGAUGGAGGAGCCGGACCAGAAUGCCGUGGAAUUUAUUGUCACCUGCAGGGGAAGCUUGCUUACGGAGGUGUGCACCGUGGUAGCCGAUGCAGACUGUCUGUUCCCAGUCAAGACCACCUGCAGUGCCAUGAGCCCGUCCACAGACUGCCGGCUGGUCCUCCGACACUUUUUCAAUGAUUCUGUUUUUUUUUGCCUGAACGUAUCCAUGACUAAUGAUGUCAGCUUGGCUGUCUCGAGUGCCAGAGUGAACAUAAUUAUCAGUUCCAGGUUUACCAGAACAGCUGCAAUUGCCAUGACACUAAGUGCAGGUUUACCAGAACAGCUGCAGUUGCCAUGA